GUGAGGUUGUGUACGUUGCUGGAUUUUACCGCUCACCAUUACUAGUGCUCCACUCUUUUGCACUUAUGUAUUCAUUGUCUUAGGAUAAUUUAUUAUAUGAUAGUUAUUUUAUACUUCACAGUACAGUGAUCUUAUAAAGUAGGUAACAAGUGCCUUCAAACAGUGGUGAUUUUAACAAGCCGGAGAGGUUACGUAGCAUCCUUGGCAGGAUGCCACCUUUCGACUAGUCCGUACACGACCAUCAGAAAGAAAGCUCGAAGCUUGUCUUCGCGCGGCGAGUCUACGGACCGCGUACGCCUUCCUUAGAGAAGUGCCUGAAGAAAGGAAAGAAGUGAUACACAAAACACGACAUGCCGAGCUCGGUUAAAAGUGUAGGACGCCGUGAGGACGCCCUACACCAGUUCGAGACUGGCAGGAUCAAGCACCUGCAGGAGGAGCGCAUGCACAUACAGAAGAAGACGUUCACUAAAUGGAUGAACUCGUUCCUGGUCAAGGCUCGGCUGGAAGUGAAGGACCUGUUCGUAGACCUGGCUGACGGUAGGAUGCUGCUGCGUCUCCUAGAGAUCAUCUCCGGCGAGAAGCUCGGCAAGCCCAACAACGGACGCAUGCGGGUCCAUAAAGUCGAGAAUGUCAACAAGUCUUUGGCCUUCCUGCACACUAAGGUGCGCCUGGAAAGCAUCGGCGCUGAGGACAUCGUGGACGGUAACCCACGCCUCAUCCUGGGCCUCAUCUGGACCAUCAUCUUACGCUUCCAGAUCCAGGAGAUAGAAAUUAAACUCGAUGAAGAGAACGAGAGCAGCGAGAAGAAGAGCGCCAAAGACGCGCUGCUGCUGUGGUGCCAGCGCAAGACGGCGGGCUACCGCGGCGUCGCUAUACAUGACUUCUCUGGUUCCUGGCGGGACGGUCUGGGUUUCAACGCCCUCAUCCACGCGCACCGGCCCGACAUCAUCGACUACGCGAGCCUCAAGCCCGACGCCCACAUCAGCAACCUGAACAACGCGUUCAAGGUGGCCCAUGACCACCUCGGCGUAGCCAGGAUACUUGAUGCUGAAGGCGUGGACGACAGCAAAGACCACUACGAAGACAUCAUCACGUCUCUGCUGGACUGGAUCAGGCGCAAGACCAUCGAGCUGGAUGACCACCGCUUCCCCAACACCCUGGACGGCAUCCAGAAGCUACUCAUCCAGUUCGGCAAAUACCGCACUGAAGAGAAGCCGCCUAAGUACAUUGAGCGCAGUGAAAUAGAAGCGCUGUUCUUCUCCAUCAACGCUCGGCUGAAGGAGCUGAACCAGCCGAGCUACGCUCCUAGGGACGGCCAUAACCUUCAUGACCUGCAGAAGGCCUGGGACAUGCUCGAGAAGGCCGAGCACAGGCGCGAAGUUGCCCUUAGGGAGGAACUGCUGCGUCAGGAACGCCUUCAGCAGCUCGCCUUCAGGUUUGAACGCAAGUCUGUGCUGCGUCGCGGGUACCUGGAGGAGAUGGUCGUGGUGCUCUCGGACCCGCGCUACGGCAGCAGCCUCGCUCAGGUCCACGCGACCGUCAAGAAACAUGAGGCUAUCAGCGCUGACAUCCUGGCCAGGGAGGAACGUUUCCAAGGCUUGACCAAGAUGGCGGACGAGCUAGAAACAGAGAACUUCCAUGACAAGAAAGCUGUUCGUGAGAAGGAACGCAGCAUCCUGCAGCAGUGGGAAGCUCUGCUGCAGCUGCUGCACAGACAUCAGCAGAGUCUGCAGCAGGCCUGCAGCCUCAUGAACAUGAUGAGAGAAGUCGAGACUCUGCACGACACCGUGCGAGAACUCGAGACAAACUUCCGUAGCACGGACGCCGGAGCGCACCUGCUGGGGGUGGAGGACCUGCUGCAGAAGCACAGCCUCAUGGAGAGCCAAGUGCACAGCACCGGCGACACCAUCGCUCGUCUGCACAGCCAAGUGCGCGCUAACUUCCCUAAGGAAAUGAAGGACGUGAACCUGCUGGAGAAGGCGCUGGGGGAGCUGGACAAGACGUAUGAGGGCGUACGGCUGCUGGCAAAGCAGCGCAGGGCGCGGCUGGAGGAGGCCAGGAACUUGUAUCAGUUCCUGGCUGACACUGAAGAGGAGGAGGCCUGGGUCGUCGAGAAGCAGCGGAUCUGUCAGACCGCCGUCAGCGCUAAGGAUCUGCGAGCUGUUAUGUCCCUACUACAGAAACACAAGACGCUUGAAGACGAGAUGCGCGCUCGUCGCCCUAAGGCCCUCAAGAUCGAGCAGUGCGGACGAGACCUUAUCAAGGACCAGCACCCUGACUCUAGGGUCAUCACCGUACACGUCGACGCCCUCGCCAGGAGCUGGAAGGAUCUCGACAAGAUGGUUGAGGAUCGCAGGAAGCAACUUCAGGAUGCCGUCGAGGCUUACUCAUUCUACGCUGACGCCAACGAAGCAGAGUCGUGGAUCAAAGAGAAGCGCCCUCUGGUCGAGAGCACCGACUUCGGUGAGGACGAACCGAGUGGCCGCGCCCUCCUUCAGCGCCACGCUCGGCUCGAGGAAGAAGUCAAGGCCUACAAGGGCGACAUCGCAGCUCUACAGCAGCAGGGGCAGAAGCUAACUGCUGCCGGCAUCACCGUUCUUAGUCUGAACUCUCAGGCGAGUCAGCAGCUGCCUGACGACGACCCAGACGACAAGUGGGAAUUGGUGGACGAGGUUAUCCUGGUACCGGAGGAGGUGGUGACGGAGGUACCGUACGAGUACGAGCACGAGAAGUAUGUCACACAGACGCAGGUCAUGCCUACGGUCAAGGCCAAGUAUCAGUUUGACGGCCAAGGCAUGAAGAUGGUCAAAGGCGAGGAAAUGUUUCUGGUGGCUAAAACAAACGCUGAUUGGUGGAAUGUGCGAAAAGUUUCUGGAGAAGAAGGUUUCGUGCCUGCCAACUAUGUCAGAGAAGGGGAGCCUCGUGAAGUGCAAGUGAAAGUGAAGCAACUGGAGAAGAAAACGGAAGUACGCAAGGAAGUGAAGCAAGUUCUUACGAAGAAAGUCGUGCAAACUAAGAAGAGGAAAAUCGCUCCACCAAGUCGCAGCAAGCCCCGUGUCCCGGAGGAGUCCCGUGAGACGGUGACGCAGAAGUUGUCCGGGAUCAGUUCCUCCUACGCCGGCCUGCUGACGGCGGCUGAGACCAGACGUCUUCUGCUGCUCGACGCCAUCGCCCUCUUCGCCUUCUACAGCGAGUGCUCGGGCUUUGAUCAGUGGAUGCGAGACAAGGAGAAAAUGCUUAAAGACGAAGAAAACUCGUCAGAUGAUGUCGAGGCUGCGAAGCGCAAGUUUGAAAAAUUCUUGACUGAUUUGUCUGCUGCAAGCAAGAGAAUUAAGAACAUCGAUGACAUGGUCGAAGAGUUCAGCAAAAGUGGACACAGUCAACUCGGGAAGAUCAAGGCGCCAACAACACUUGUAACCCACGUAAAGACGCUGGGCAGCUCCGUGAAGGCCUCGUACCCCAACGAGCGUCCGAUGGUGGACCGACAACUCGCUGAGAUCGAGCAGAUCUGGCAGGAAGUUAAGAACUCAGCCGAGGAUCGCAGGAAUAGACUCCAGGAGGCCGUCGGCAAGCAAAUCUUCUUCAAUUCGUCCAGCUCACUGCUUGCGUGGGUGAGCGACGUGAAGUCUGAGCUGAACUCGAGCGACACGGCGACGGACGUGACGACGGCAGAGCUGCUGCUGAAGGCGCACCACGAGCUGGGGGAUGACAUCCGUGCGCACGAGGACGAGUUCAGGGAGAUCCAGCAGCUGGGCGUGAAGCUGGGCGCCCAGGGAGAUGUCCGGGACAAGCUGGAAGAGCUGAGCGAGGAGCAGCUGGCCAUCGAGCGCGGGUGGCAGGAGAAGGAGGACUGGCUGAGGCAGUGCCUCGACCUGCAGCUCUUCAACCGCGACGCUGACCAGAUCGACGUAGCCACUAGUGCUCAUGAGGCCUUCCUGGACUACGCUGAUAUGGGGGACACGCUGGACGGCGUGGAGGCGCUGCUGAAGCGGCACGGUGAGCUGGAGAGCACACUCAUGGCGCAGAACGAACGCCUCGCAGCCUUCAGCGACACCGCUGAUAAACUUAUCGAGGCUAACCAUUACGAAGCUGAUAAAAUCAACGACCGACGCUGUCAGGUCGUGAAGCGUCGUGAAGCUGUGAAGGCUAAAGCAGACGAGCGCCGCCACAUGUUCCAGAGCUCAUUAGCGUACCAGCAGUUCCGUGCUGACGCGGACGACUUCGCUAAAUGGAUUGCGGACAAGCAAAAGCUUGCCAGUGAUGAGAGCUACCGGGAUCUGAACAACCUUGAGAGGAAGCUUCAAAAACAUGAAGCUUUCCAGCGUGAACUUCACUCGAACGAAGGACAGCUUAGAAACUUGAACAAAACUGGCCAAAGUCUCAUCAAUAUGGGACAUUACCGGAAGGAUGAUAUCGCCGCGACUCUGGAUGAUCUCAACAAGAGCUGGAAAAAAGUUUGUGAAGAUACUGCAGAGCGCGGCAAAAAGUUGCAGCAAGCAAAUGACCAGCACAAUUAUAACAAGAACCUUGAAGAAGCUGGCAAAACUUUGGACGACCUGGAGGCAGCAUUAAAAAACCAAGACGUUGGGACGGAUUUACGGUCGUGCAAGAUGCUCAUCAACAAGCAAUCAAACAUCGAUAACGACCUUAACAACAUGGAGAAGAAGAUAAAUGACAUGCAGAGCACAGGACAAAGCAUGGCUAAUGACAGUCAUUUCGACGCAGGAAAUAUUUUGAAGGGAUGUGAUGCUCUCAAGACGCGGUUCCAGAAACUGGAAGGUCCAGCCGCAAGCCGGCGCGCCGCGCUCGAUGAAUCCCUUCACUUCCAUCAAUUCUGGUUUCAAGUGGACGCUGAGAUGCAGUGGAUAAAUGAACAUAAACCGCUUGCUACUGCACAAGUUGUUGGUCAGGAUCUUCAUGAGGCACAAAAACUGCAGAAGAAACAUCGUAAAUUGGAAGCUGAACUGGAGGGGCAUAAGCCAAUGAUCGAUAAAACUGUACAGCUCGGAAAUGAUUACAUCGCCAAAAAACAUCCUCAGUCAGAAAAGAUCAAGGGACUUUGUUCGGAGCUGUCACAGAGCUGGCAAGAGCUGGUGACGGCAGCAGCCAAGCGUCAGCAGAUGCUCGAGCUCUCGCUCAGGGCCCAGCAAUAUUUCUUUGAGGCCAACGAAAUAGAGUCCUGGCUCGCUGAGAAACGCAACCUUCUCACCACCACAGACUACGGCAGGGAUGAAGACGUCGCCCGCAAGCUCCUUGCUAAGCACAAGACAAUUGAGUUAGAAAUAGACUCGUACUGCGGACUGGUCAAGGAGAUGGGCACCACUGCUGACGGGCUCGUGAAAAUCAACCAUCCUCAGUCCAAGCUCAUCAAGGAGCGUCAACAUAUAGUGAACCAGGAGCUAAAGGAGCUACAGAAGCUGUCUGGAGCACUGCGUACUAAGCUCAUGGAGUCGAUGUACCGGCACGAGUACAUGAGGGAGGCGGAGCAGCUGGAGACGUGGGUGCAGGAGCAGAUGAUUACAGCAACCAGUCAGGACUUCGGCCAGGACUACGAACAUCUUCUCGUUCUGCAAGCAAAGUUCUUGGACUUCAAGCACAGGGUGGAGGCAGGUUAUGAACGCUUCAAUCAAUGCGAGGAGCUCGCUAAAAAACUCGUGGCUAACGACAGCCCCUACACUCACGACAUCGAGACUAACCAACUCCAGCUCAGCUCUGACGCUGUAGAUGGCAAACACCCUGCAGGCCAAGCCUCCGAGCACAGGGUCGAGGUCACUAAAUAUCACGCCGUCGUCAGGGCCGCCUGGAACGCUCUUCUGGAUGCCAUCGCGAACCGGGAUGAAAAGUUGGAUGCUGCCGCCGAGAUCCACCGCUUCAACAGAGACGUGGCUGACGCCUUGUCUCGGAUCCACGAGAAGGACAAAAUGGUCUCUGACGAUCUCGGCAAAGACGUUCACUCUGUGCAAGCUCUGCUCAGGAAACACGAAGGCUUCGAAAAUGAUCUCGUGGCGCUCGAAGCGCAGCUUCAGGUGUUGUUAAAUUAUAUCGCACGACUGCUCUCAUUCUUGGCUCAGUCCCGGGACUUGCUAUCCUGGUCGUGCGACCUGCGCUCCAGCAUGAAGACUCAAGAGAAGGUGCGGGACGCAGCGUCAGCACAGGCCCUCAAGACGGAACACGAUCGCCUGAAGCUUGAGAUCGAGGCCCGGGAGGACCUCUUCGCCAGCGUCGUGGACGCCGGCAACGCCAUGGUCGAGGACCAGCACUACGCCGCGCCUGAUGUCAGGGACCGCGUGGCUAAGGUUCUGGAGGAACGCAGUCAGCUGCACGCUGCGUGGCAGCACAAAAAGAUCUACCUAGAUCAGCUGAUCGAUCUUCAGUUCUUCCUCCGCGACGCUAAGAACCUGGACGCGUUCAGCUCUACGCAAGAGGCCGCCCUCGCCAUUGCCGAGAUACCCAACACUAUACAUCAAGUCCAGUCCAUGGUGAAGAAACACGAGGCUUUUGAGAAGCUGGUGGAGGCUCAGGACGAGAAGUUAGACUCGUUACGAGUGCACGGCGCUAAGCUCGUCGAACAAAACCACUUCCACUCCCCACACAUCAAAGCCAGAAUUGAUGAGGUCGCCCAGCGCAGGAACAAUGUCAAGAGAGCUACGAAAGACCACAAGAAGCUGUUGGCCGACGCUCUGCUGUACGCGCAGUUCAUGAACGAUGUCUCUGACGCGAACGCGUGGAUCAAUGAGAAGAGUAACCACCUCGCCAACGAGAAGCAGAAAGGCGAAGUCACUUCCUUCCAGGACAAAGUCAAGAAACUUCAGAAACAUCAGGCUUUCCUAGCCGAGCUUCUCGCUCAUGAACCUAUGAUGAAGGAAAUAACAGAUAAGGCCGAGAUUUUGAUCGGUAAGGAGCACGCCUCAUCAGUGGAGGUGAGGCAGCAGGUGGAUGAGCUGGUGGAGCGCUGGACGCGCCUCACCCUCACCGCUGAGGGCCACUCCAGGGGCCUGGAGGAGGCCCAGGACAUCCUUAGCUUCAACACACAAGUCGAGAAAGUUGAUGCCUGGAUCAGAGAUAAGAUGUUGCUGGUACAGGCCCAUGACCUGGGCCGUGACCACGAACAUUGCACGUCUCUAAUGCGUAAGCUUGACGAUGUGGACUCUGACAUGCGCGUUGACGACGCCAGGUUCAUCAACAUCAACAGACUUGCAGACAAGAUCGUGUCGCAAGCUCAUGGCGACACAGGGGCUGUCAUCAAGCGGAGGGAUAACCUUAACCACAAAUGGGCGGCUCUGAAGGGAGCCCUGGAGGCAUACCGCAAGGAUUUACUGGGGGCGGCUGAAGUGCACGCGUUUAACCGCGACGUCACCGACACGACAGAGCGCAUCGUAGAGAAAGCUGCUCUCCUCGCUUCAGAAGAGACAGGCAGAGAUCUCUACCAAGUCCAAACUCUUAAGCGCAAGCAGGAGAAUAUUCUAAGGUGAGAUACGCAAGUCAGAGAUCUCUACCAAGUCCAAACUCUUAAGCGCAAGCAGGAGAAUAUUCUAAGGGACAUGUCUGCUAUUUACAACAAAAUAAAGGAGCACGAGAAGGCCGCUAGCUCGUUAUCACGCAAGUAUCCUCCACAAGAGAAGGAUGUCGCCGCCAAGCUCAGCGAGGUGCAGGACGCCUGGCAGAAGCUCUACGCCGCCAGCACUGACAGAGACGGCGCCCUAGGGGCAGCUUACGCCUUGCACAGAUUCCAGAGUGAGUCGCGUGAGCUGGAGAAGUGGGCAGAAGCUCUUGUUCAGGCGCUGACCUCCGCGCCUCUGCCCUCCAACGCCACCGAGGCGCAGGCCCUCCUACACACCCAUCAGGAGAAGAAGGCGGAGAUUGAAGGGCGCCGCCACGACUUCAAGCAGCUGCGCGAGUUUGGCGAGAGCCUCGUCGCCGACGAGCACAAAGACCAGCAGACCAUCUCCCAGGGUCUGGUCACCCUGCAGGGGGUGCAGGAUAAGGUUUUGUCGGAGUGGGAGGCUCGUCAAGAUAAGCUUGCACAGGCCAAUCAGCUGCAAGUAUUCCUGAACAUGGCAAGACUUGCUUCUGAUUGGCUCGCUGACCAACAAGCUUUUCUUAACAACUCUGACCUCGGCGACUCCCUCGGCAGCGUAGAGGCUCUGAUGCGUAAGCACGCGGCCUUCGAGACGUCGUUUGAGGCUCAGAGUUCCAAGAUUGAUCAUAUGCUGAAACUAGGGAAGACGCUUGUGGAGGGUGAUCACUUCGACAGUGAGGGCAUCAAGGCGCGCAUGGCGGAGGUCGUGGAGAAGAAACGGCAGCUCCUUGCCCUCGCUGGGACCAGGAGUGAGAAGCUUAACAUGUCGCGCGCUCUGCAACAGUUCCUUCGCAACGUAUAUGAGGUCGAAGGCUGGAUCGGCGAGAAGCUGCAGGUGGCAAACGACGAGUCAUACAUGGACUCCAGCAACCUGCAGUCCAAGAAGCAGAAGCAUCAGGCCUUCGAGUCUGAACUGCAUGCAAACACUGGACGACUGUCACUGGUGCUGCAGGAGGGUUCUGAGCUGCUCUCCUCCAAGCACUACGCAGCUACGGAGAUCCAGGCUCGUCUUGACGCGCUGGAGUCGCUGUGGCAGCAGCUGCAGGACAGCUCGGCCCUCAAGAGGGAGCGACUUCAUCAGGCUUAUCAGGCGCUGUUGUUUGGACGCACGCUUGACGACCUGGACGCGUGGAUGGACGAGGUAGAGACAGCGCUGCAGUCGGAGGACCACGGCCGCGACCUUACGUCCGUGCACGCCCUCAUCAACAAGAACAAUAAACUCAUGCAAGACGUGACCGCACACAACGUAGAGAUCGAACAGAGUCAGGAGGUUGCUAAAGCCUUUGCCAAGGAAGACCACUUCAUGAAAGAAGAAAUUCUGGAUCGCACAAAUGGAAUCGCCAAAAGAUACGAGAGUCUGCAAGAACCUCUGCAGAUACGGCAGGAGAACUUGUCUGCAGCGCUGCUGCUGCAGGAGCUGCUGCGGGACGUCGACGAGGAACUGCUGUGGCUGCACGAGAAGACGCCGCUCGCCGAGAGCGACGCGCUGGGUGACAGCCUUACUGCCGUACAGAACUACAUCAAGAAACAUCAAGCUCUGGAGGCGGAGAUCGUGUCGCACGACCCCGUGGUAAGCAGCGUCAACAGCCGUGCCCAGCAAAUGAUUCGCUCAGGACACUUUGCUUCAGAGGACAUCAGCUCCCGCUGUGACCACCUCACCAGGGCCUUCAGGAGCCUCAAGGAUGCCGCCAGCGUCAGGAAACUUAGGCUCAUGGACGCGCAGGAAGUACAAACUUUCUACUCAGAAGUUAACGAAGCUCAAGGCUACCUGAAGGAGAAGCGACCGUUGGUGUUGUCUCAAGACUACGGCCGCGACGAAGACUCCACGCAAAUUCUCAUCAAGAAACUGGAAAUUCUUACCCGGGACAUUAAGUCUUUUCAUUCAACCGUUGAAAAUCUGGGCACCACUGCCGCCAAACUCACGGAGCGAGGGCACUUCGACAGCGAUAACAUCAAUAAAAUAAUGAGCGGGCUACGCAAGGACCACAACGAGGUUGAGAUGCUGUGUGAGCAGCGGUCUCGCCGCCUCCAGCAGAGCGAGCAGCUCUACGCUUUCCUGCGUCGCACCGACCUCCUCCUGGAACAGCUUAAUGAACAGAUGACGGUGGCCGCUAGCGAGGACUACGGGCGUGACGUGGAGCACGUCGAGCUGCUCAUCCAGAAGUUCGAGAGCUUCAUGACGUCACUGGCUGCUAACGAUGCUAAAGUCGCUCGCAUCAAAACUGAAGGCGACAAACUUCUCGAGGACAAGCACCCUGAUUCUGAUCAAAUCAGUGCAAAGUUGGAGGAGGUAGAACAGUUGUGGGAGGACCUGCGAGAACUCGCAAGCGCUCGUCAAGAGGCCCUCGCUGGAGCAAAACAAGUGCACGUGUUUGACCGGGACGCGGACGAGACAAUCCGCUGGAUCGUGGAGAAGGACGCGGCGAUAUCCUCUGAGGAUUACGGACAGGACCUCGAGACCAUACAGUCCCUGGCACGACGCCACCACGGCUUUGAGAGAGACCUCGCUGCCGUCAGGGAACAAGUGGAUUCAUUGAUGGCUAAAGCUCAGCGACUGACGGAACUUUUCCCGGACGCCAAAGAACACAUUUCCGUGAAGCAUAACGAAACCAUCGAGAUCUGGGACUCGUUGCUGGAACGUUCGGCACUCAGGAAAGAGAAGCUUUUCCAGAGGGAGAAUCUUCAGUCGUAUUUCGGAGAGUUGUCCGAGCUCAUGGCUUGGAUUAUUGAGAUGCGUGCCAAGGUUACUGCUCCCGAGCUUCCCAAAGACGUGCCUUCAACAGAAGCGAUCAUCUCAAGACAUGAAGAGUACAAGGCUGAGAUUGAUAGCCGUGCCGAGACCGUCGCCAAGCUCAGCAAUGACGGUAAUUCGCUAAUUGAUCGACCAGAUCUUCAUUUCAUGGCCGAGGAAAUUGGAGACAAAGUCGCCGCGCUGCAGGAUAACUGGAGCAGCCUUCUCGAUUGUUGGAGGAAACGCGAUGAUAUCUACAAGAAAAAUCUGGAUCUCAGGAUGUUCCUGCGCGACGCCGCCCUCAUCGAGUCCUGGAUCGAGUCCAGCGAGGGGAUCGUCAAAGACGAGGACCUGGGCAAGAGUAUUGAGGAGGUCGAGGAGCUCAUCAGGCGUCAUAACGACUUCAUCAAAACUGUCGAGGCUCAGGAGGAUAAACUGAAUCCUAUCAAGCGGGUCACUAAGAUUGAAGCUGACUUUGAGUCACUGAAGCAGCGCGAAGAGAACAACCGACGUGAUUUGGAGUCCCGCCGUGAAGCUGACCGCGUCGAGGCCCUCAAGAGGAAAGAAGUGAACCGCAUCACCGAGGAGCGCAGGAGGGAAGACGAGCGUCGCAGGACGCAGGAAAUUAAGUUUACGAAGGAAGACAUGGAGGCCGUGCGCAUGAAACUCAACGGAGAGUACGGCGACGGCUCCAAUGUUGCUUACGAGGACGACAUGGCUAGCGACUCCUCGAGGUCUGCCUACAGCAACAGCCCCAGCACCAGCAGGAAGAAUUCCCUAAGCUUCCAUCUUCAAAGAGGAGCUUUCUCUUCUUUCAAUGACAAGCACAGACUGGAGAACGAAGACGAAGGAUUCCACAGGUCAGGAUCCUACGCUAGCCUCAGCAGCCUCAAGCGCGGGGGCAGCUCUCGCCCCGACCUCUACAAGGCAUCGCUGUCAGUCCACAAAGGAGGCUUCGACCUGAAGCGCGCUGAGAGCAUGAAGAUGGACCCGAACUCUGCGAACAAGAAGCCGAAGCGCACGCCCAGCUUCACGACCCGUCGUCGCACGCAGAGCUUCAGGAAGCACAAGCAGAAGGGCGCCAACAGCGAAGACUUGGACGACCUGCCGCCCGUUGAGGUCAGGGGAUACCUCGACAGGAAGCAGGAGCUUCAGAGCGGCGGCAAGCGCGCUCCUAUGAGGAGCUGGAAGCCCUUCUAUACUGUUCUCUGUGGUCAGCUGAUGUGUUUCUUCAAAGAAGAAGAAGAUUUCGUCUCUCAGAAGGCAGCGUCACCGCCCAUCAACAUCAUGCAAGCUAACGUCCGGCCAGCCACCGACUACACCAAGAAAAAGAAUGUCUUCAGGCUGGUGACACGGGACAACGCCGAGUAUCUUUUCGAGGCGGACACUGAAGAACUCAUGCAAGACUGGGUCAACAAGAUCGCCUUCCAUGCAACUCUGCCGCCCUCCAAACAACUCAUGUCUUACGAUGACCGCAAGGAGCCUGGUAAUAACAGCAACAGCUCUUCUCGUAACUACGUGAGCACGGUCAUCCACAUCGGCGGUUCCGGAUCAACGGACCAGCUAAAUGUGUCCGCUGAUUCUUACCCGUCCGAAAGAUCCUCACCAUCGUCACAGCAUCGGCAAGAUUUAACGGGAGGCCGUGACCCCGCUAGACCGGUCUCACAGUCCUUAGAUAAUCCCCUCUAUGCAAACCUUGAUCAUGCGCCCCCCAUGACCGAGAACGGGGGCGUCAACAAGCCCCCCGUCCCCCCUCGCCAGGGGGGGCUCCCCCCAAGUGCUGGACAAACCCACGAAGACGGCGGCCCCAUCUACCAGAACAGGGUCUCCGUGGUGCCCAGUUACGAAGUGUCCUCUCAAGCAGCGCAGCAGCAGCCAGGCGCUCCACGACACGCCCGGCACAGCUAUCACUCUAACGGCGUCAGAAGAGGCAGUGCUGAAAACGUCUAUAACGAAGACAUUGAGUACCGUUCUGGUGGGAGCAUCAAGUCUCGCGGCGCCCCUGUCGCUCAGCAAAGAACUCCGCCAUAUACCAGCAGCUCUUACCAGCACGGCUGGACUCCUCAACCACAACCAUCUUCGUUUGCUCCACCACCUGUACAACCUCGCCUCAAUCCAGGGCCUCCUCCACCUUUGUCAUCCCCGCACUACGUAAAUCACGAAUAUCACCAACAACACCACCACCACCAACAGCAGUCGUCUCAGAUGUCCCCAAACAAAACGCUUCACUCGUAUUACCAGCCGCCGGUACAACAUUACCAGUCUCACCAAUACCAUCAGCCCUCGAGACAUGACGGGGCUAAGUACCACCACCAGCAAGUACAACAACAAUAUUACCAAUCAUCUAGUCGCUCGGGUGACACAGAUGUGGACUUCAAUGAACACGUGGCGCAAGUAACGAGAGUGUCACAACAUCACUACAAGGGUGUUUCGCUGGAUGGAGUAGACGGUGUACCUGGCUCCCGGCAGCCCAUCAACGUCCUGGAGAGACGGUCGCUGAACACGCUACCUGCUGGGGGUGCAUCAGGGGCCAGCGCCCCCCAGCGCCACUCCGCGAUGCCCGCAUUCGAGCUGGACCAGGCAGCACGCGGCGGCACCCACGCCGGGCCCGCCGGUGAAGACGACAGCGACCAGAGCGGCGACGCGUCCAAAGAUAAAGGACGCAGAAUUUUCCGCCUUUUCAAUCGUAGAAAAGGUGCUCAAGUCUAGAGCAUAGGUCCUGAAGUAAAAAAAAAGAUUUCUCAUUAUUGUCCGUCAAAGCAGCUAUGAGGAUGAGAGAUAGUGUUGUAGGAUAUGUGUCACGUUGGGCGUCUGAAGUAUGUCUUUUGUUAUCUUGAGCGUAUUUAUAAAGGGUGAAGUUGAAGAUUACACGCAGAUUUGAAUGGUUGAGAUAUAAUGGUCUAUAAAUUUCAUUAUCGCUGACUGUCACAACUGAGAAACGAAAUUGUGCUCGUUUAUUAUGGACCAGUUUUUCAUAAAGCACUGCAUUAAAUAAAUGCAGCAGUUACCACUUUUUUUUAAAGCUCGUAAUGGAGCUAAUAGGCGAAGUUAAUGUAAAUAUCGACUGGGCGAUAUCUACUCUUUUAUUCAGUUUAGCAGUGAAUGUUGGUGUUAUUUUUAUCUUAAUUAUGAAGUAAUUAGAAGACGCAAAUGUAUUCACAAAAUUGCUGUGAAUUUUAGUUUAAUUAUUUGAUCGGGUGAUGUAAAAACCGACGUUGCCGCAGCAAUUAAAAUUUUGUCAUCGUGUAAUUAUAUUAAGUUUAGAUAUAGGUAAUGUUUGAAGGCUUUUAUUGGGAGCUUUGUUAUAACAGUUCGCAUAUUUGAGCUGUAAUUGAACCUGUAAUCAUUGCUUGUCCUGUAAUAUGAUUCUUAUAUAUCUUUUAUUUUCUAUUAAAAGCACAUCAAUUUCACAGCUCAAUGGGAAAUCACCUAUUUGACUGGCUGAAUACUAGAAUAACUAGAAGCAAUCAUACUUAUUUCGGUGGCUUCAUUCCGAUGCAUCAUUCCAUUACCUGAAUUGUCUCUUGAAUUAUUUAGUUCUCAGGAGAGCACAGGGUAAAAGCUAGCUACCUUUUGAUGGUGAUUACAAUAAUAAAUCUUAGUCUUGAUGACGGUUCAUCAAAGUGCCUUUCUACUUAUUUACUAUUUGUGCCUAAAUAUGAGUUGCCUUAUUGUAGACAAGAUACAAUAGUGUAGGAUUCGCAGACUAAUGUUCAUAUUGUACGUAGCGUUUUCGAUAUUUAUGUGAAACAGAAGCGGCUAAUAACUAGGUAUGCCUAAUUCUUCCAUAGAACGAAAAGCAUCACUCAAAUUUCCUUCCUACGAAAUAUUAACCAAAACGGAAUCAAAAUUUUUUAUGGUUCAUAAUUCCGCGGAAAAGAGUCUUCACUGACGGGAAACUUAUAAAUGACAUACUUCCCCGGAAAAUUUUGGACUUGUGAUUGCAUUGCGAUUUGCUUGGAUGGUGUAAAUCUUGAAAACUGAAAUUAGUACAUCGUAAAAAAUAUUCAAGCAUGUUACAGUCCAAGUGCAAAGCAUUACUUCAUAUUUACACAAGUCAACAGGAAUCCAUUCUCCUGUUAACAUUCUCAAUUGUUUAGCCAAAAUUUUCUCUGAGAAAGCUGUUCCGUUCACUUUUGUUUGACGUUUUAAAUCAAAAUAAGUUAGUUAAGAUUAUUUUUCAUGCAUAGUCAUUGUAUUUCAUUGGGAAUUAGACUUGAUUAACCUAUGCCAUAUAUUCAUUUAUACUAAGAUAUGGUACCUCUUUCACACAAAUUUACCAAAGAAUGGUAGGAGCAUGCAUUCAUUGAUUUUGCUUAUUUCUUGUACCUCUGUCUUCGCAUCAUCUAGUUAUACAGAGUAAUGUCUUAAUGAUCAAUAUGUUCUUCGGUCAGCUUGAGUAUAUUUCAAGUCUUAGUGAUUACAGUUGGUCCCAAGUAAAGCUACAUUAACGUAAGUACUUUACAUUACCUCAUUGCAUGAACUCUUGUAUGAUUUAAAAAAUCGAGUGAAUAUAGUCUUCAGAACUUGGCAGGAAAUGAUGCAUAUUAUAGAAAUUGUUCAAUUUAUACUAAAUACAGAAUUCUUGGGUCUUUCAUAAGUCACGUCGGUUUACGGGACUGCGCCUAUGAUUGUGGUUAGUAAAUUACGAGUCUGAAACAGAAAAAGGAUGCUGGCAUAAUUUUAGAGACAGCAUGCGCUUAAAGAUUUUCCUGUUGCUAUUUUUAUUUCACAACCGUCAAGUAAUAUUUUGUCCGAAUGACGCUUGAUAUAAUUUCCUUUUUGCCGGAAUCAUCAUAUCCUAAGAUAGUGUCAGCUAAAAAUGGAUACUAGUUCCUCCUUAACUAAGAUUGUUACUACAAUCUUAGAGAUUGUAACUACAAUCUAAGAUUGUUACUACAAUCUUAGAUAGAAAACUCUACAAGUAUUUCUAUAGCUGGAAAAUUUCUUCCUUUAAUUCGAAUUUACUGUUAGUAAGCAAAGUUUAAUGCCACCGACUAUCGCGAGUCCCUGUUACAUAACAACCGAUGACGAGUGAUGUGUAUGGCGCGGCCUGAAGAUGUUGCGACGAGAGGGUCCAUUUCUUUCCUAAUAAUCCACAAGCUAACUAAGUACUGAAAUGAAUUGAUAAAUUUCCCUGUCAAUAAAUACACUUCGUGCCGCAAUAGAUCGUGAUUGUGCAGAAAUUGUGCCAAUAUAUUCUUUGAUGUGCUGCAAGUUUACACAGAUUGAUGUUCUGCUGUAGAAUUACUCCUAAUUUAAACGCGUGCUAGUAGUUUAUGUAGUGAACUGUAAAUACCUCCCAUUAUAAAUAUUGUUGCUAGCAAAAAUUAUUUUUGUUGAAAGCAUUAUCGUUUGGAUGCGGUAUUUGAUAAGUCGCAGAAUUGAAUAAAUCGGUACAUUUCAA